AGAAAGAGACAAAUGCUUUUGUCAUGCUUGCCACCUUUAUCUGUUGAAAAAUCUUCUCCACCGCAGACCCAAAAAAACUAAUAUUGUUUUCUUUAUCCUUUUUGUUUUCUUCUUAUAUAUAUAAGAGAUUGUUGUUGUAAAGCUCACCAAACAUUCAGAUUUAAGCUUUCUUUUUAUAUAUCUGUGUAGGGGAGGGGACCAAAGAAUCAAAUCAAUAUUACACAUAUAUCACUUUUCAAGUGAAUAACACUUUUGAUUUCUCCAUUUGAAUGAUUCUGGUUUUUGUAAACCAACAACCAUCAUGCUCUGUUUUCAAGAAGAAUGGAUGCUUACAAUUGUAUCGUCGUGAUCUUCUGCAUCUCCUUGUUUGCAAUUAAUAUAGUGUUUUCUUGUUUCACUUGCUUCUCCAUUCUUCCGAGCUUCUUGAAAGAUGAAAACCAGGAUUUCAGUGAUCUCAGGAAGAAUCUUAUUGAACCAGAAGAAGCUAAACCGGAUGAGAAGGUAAUGAUCAUUACUGUCUCCAGUAACCAAGGAUCCAUUGAUGAUGAUGAUUGUGGCCAAGAUGAUUGCUCUCAUGAGGAUAUUUGUGCUUGUUGAAAACAAAGGUUGGCUUCUAUUUCAUUACACAACUCUCUUCAUGUUUUGCAAUUUUUUUCUACUUGUAAAUGGUUAAAAUCCAUAGAUUGAGAGUAUCUAUCCACAUCUUAUGCAUCAGAAUCCAGAUUUUUGUUUUUGUUUCAUGUGUAUCAUGAAAGAAAUUAUACAGUCUGCAAAAAACAUAUAUAAAUUGAAUGGUGGUGCACAAAUUUGUGGAAAGUUCAAAGUUAUAUUGUUAAUAUAUUUCUUGAUUCAGUUUAA